GCUCCUCUGGCAGUCUGUGUCAUGUGUGCGUGUAGGUGGCAUGUGUGCGUGUGAGUGUGUACAGUGGAAUGAGAAGGUGUGUCUUGGCAUGUGUGUGUGAGUGAGAGGUAGGCGACACGGAAGUGUGAUGACAGCGCGUGCGGCCGCGCUGAGAUGACACGAGCGUCCCUGAGCAUCAGAUCAGUCCACAGCUGCUCAGACAACAUGGCCCCCAAAGACCCUCUGCUCUCCUCUCUGAAAGUGUGUGUCCUGAACCUGCAGUCCCAUGGAGACACGGUGACGGACAGCAGCCCUCACCUCGCCUCCUGCUGCGAGCUCCUGGAGCUGGUCCUCAGGAAGGGGCUCCAACAACCAGUUCUCAGUCUGGUACACAGAGACUACUGGCAGUGUUUCAGCCAGCUCCCCCACCAAGACGCCUGUGGCAGGCUGUCUUCUCUGUCCCUGGCAGUGGAGCAGACCAGAGUUUGCAGGAAGCUUCUCUCUGCUCAGGGCCGGGGCCGCUACCUGCUCCGCCUGGCCCUCAGCCGCAAGGCCCUGCCGCAGUUCAUCACACACCUGCUGCACACACCCAGAGUCCUAGAGUGGUACAGCCCGGCUUUAUCAAUUCUCAGGAAUGAGGAAUUUGUGGAGCCAUUCAUGUCCCUGCUGCUCGUCCUCUCUCACAUGGACUUCCAACUGGACAUAGAGAAUUGCAGUUUUCUGGACGAGAGCUGUCUCCCACCGGUGUGUGAAAUAUACGAAGUAGUGCCCUGUCGGGAAGUAGGCAUGGUGCUGAGGUAUCUCAGCGGGCGUGUCUUUGUCCUCGACCUGACGCCUGGCAGUCAGGCUCACGUCGACAAGGUCGUCCGUCCCGGUGACAUCAUUGAUGAGAUCAACGGGACCUCGCUGAGGAAUUCCAAGUGUGGACAGGCAGGUGUGGUUCUGUCACGGCUGAGGAGCUGCCCCCUCACCAUCCGUAUCCUGCGAUGGAGGGCCCAUGAUGGGACAGUGUACCGGCCUCUCAUCAAACUCCUGCGGGCCCUGAGGACGGAAAACCCCACGCUGCAGCUGGAUCGCGCUCCUUCCCCACAGUCUGUCCCCCAGGACCAGAGGCCUCCCCCGACACAGUGUCUCAAAGAGGGAAGGAUUGUAUACAUUCUGCAGUUCUUGGGAAAAGCAAAUAUUGGAACGUUUGGAGGCAAGGAGGUGCUGCAGCAUGCAAUUCAACAAGUGUUGCAGAAAAACCUGCCCAGCAAGGAGGUGCUCUUGGAUAUGAAGGAAACACAUUUGACAUGCACAGAGAGAAACAGCAAACUGGAGCUGUUUGAGCAUCACUAUCCAGAGAUUUCAUGUGUUGGGAGAUAUGGUCGACAUGACUACACAAUAUUUGCCUUCUGCGUGGCAGACUCCCCAGAAACCCCUCAGUCUUCAGGCUUCUGCUGUGUGGUGCUCAGAGCCAGCUCCAUCAAGCAGUGUGAAGAGAUUGUCUGCCGUAUAGGUGAGAGAUUAUGCAAGUCCUCACUACUGAGAUUAUACAGGUUUAGAGACAUUAAAAUAGAUGUCUUCUCCUUACAGCUACUGGCUUCAAGCACACGGAGUGGUUCGUAUGACAACUGGGGCCAAAUCUUAUUUCCACAUGCUAUUGUAAAUAAAUGUAUAUAAAAA